UCUGAACCAGAUGGAAAGAGGUUCUAGGGAACCAACGCACCCUGAGCCUGGGGUUUGGCUACAAGAGCCCUGUGAAAGCUCCGAGAAGGCGGGUCAGACUUCCCUGUCCGACUCCCAGUCCUUUAGCUGGCUCAGGGCAAAAACAGCCGCCGAUAAAGCUGAUUGGGGGACACGUGGAGGGGCCGAACGUCGCUUGACUUCGAAGGGACACAUCCGUCCGGUGGCCGCGCGGCACGGGCACCGAGAGCAGGAGGCGCGGGCGAGGACUCGGCACUUCCCGCGGGGUCUCGCGUUCGCAGACUUCUCGCCCGGGAGGAAGGCAGUCGUCCGAGAAGCCGGGGUGUCUUCCUGGAACUGCGCACAGGACCGACUGGACGCCCUUAGGAGGGGCGAGGAUAUGGAUCAAUUGAGGCAGAUCAUCUCCUUAGGCCAGCUUAUCUACAACCAGUGUGAAGAGAUGAAAUACUGCCAGAAACAGUGCUGGCGUCUAAGGAACCAUGUCCAUGGCCUGCUGCAGCCUCUGCAAAUGCUCCAGGCCCAAGGAGAGAGGAGCGUGCCCACCGAGAUAACCACUGCCCUGAAACGUUUCCAGGCUGCCCUAGAGGAAGCUAAGGAGCAGUUAGAUAAGUUCAGCAAUAAAUCCAAUAUCCAGAAGUUUCUAACAGCAGGGCAUGACAGAAUACUCUUCAGUGGAGUGAGCAAGAGGCUGAGAGAUGUCUGGGAGGAGUUCUCACUGCUGCUUCAGGUGGAUCAACAGAUGCAUAUUUCAAGCAUCAACCCAGGAGCAUUCUGGCAACAGGAAGAUCAAUAGGAUGCAGAGGAAGACAGGAAGGUUAUCCAAGGACUGAGAAGUGAAAAUGAAACCAUAGAAACUUUAUUGAGGCACUUGGAAAACAACACAAAGAAAACCAUCGAAACCGUGAGGAGAUGGAUGAGGUCAGUCCCACAGAAACGCAAGAAGGGGCUCCCAGAAGAUCAAGUCAAGGAGAUUAAGAAGGAGGAGCUUCCAGAAGCCGAUUGGAUCCUGCUAAAGGAAAAUUAAUUCAGCACACUUUAUGAAGGAAAACAGCGCAAAUCUCCAGUGGCCAUAAAAGUAUUCAACAAACCCCAGGCCAGAGACAUUGGAACAAUGAGGCAUACUUUCAAUAAUGAAAUCAGAACCAUGAAGAAAUUUGAUUCCCCCAACAUCCUGCGUAUGUUUGGGAUUUGCACUGAUGAAACAGUGACCCCACCUCAGUUAUCCAUCGUCAUGGAGUACUGUGAGCUCGGGACCCUGAGGGAACUGCUGGAUCAGGAAAAGGACCUCACCCUUGCCAAGUGCAUCAUCCUGGUCCUGGGGGCAGCCAGAGGCUUAUACAGGCUGCACCAUUCGGAAACACCUGCAGAACUCCACAGAAACAUCAGCAGCACAAGCUUCCUGGUAACUAAAGACUGCAAUGUGAAGGUGAGUAUGGCCUUCCAGGGGCCCUUUGAGUUCGACCUGUGUGACUGUUUGGUGCUCGGAGAGGGACGCACGUUUCCCAGAGGCCUGUGCCUGCUCGUUUCUCUGCCUUCACCUUAGAACUGAGUUCAACUCUUCCCCUGCCUGGACAGCUUCCCGUGUGCCCACCACAGGACAGACUCAGUCCUGCCUGCUCUUCUGAUGCCCAUCGUCCACCACUGCCCAGGCACUCAGCAGGGAUGGGCUAAGAGCCAUUUCCCCUUAGAUGCCUGGACACCACUUCUGUGUCCCUGCAACACCCAUGAGGGGAUCUUCUUAAGCCCAGUUUUGGAUCCCUGGCUGCGUUUAGGGCUGGCAGCCCUCUGCACAUGGAUGGUGCUGACGACAGAUGGGCGUGGACCAAGGAGAACGCACACUCCCAUGACUUGUGCCGUGGCUUCUUUAAGAGCAUGACAUUGACCGUGCAGGGUCAGUGGGGUAACAGGCUGCCUAUAGGUUCAGAUACAACAGAGAGGAUACCCCUGUGUUGGUUUUUUGUGUGUGUUUUUUUGUCUGCUUCCGAGAGAAAACGAGCCAUCAGUGACUCCAGGCACCCCUGUCCACCCUCACUCAGUGGAGCUGAGUCGUCAACUGAGAAAGCCCUGUAUCUAACAUAGUAACACUAGAACAACAACAUACCGAGUCUUACAGGUGCUUUAUAACCAUCACCUCAAGUAAUCCUCUUGCCCCAUUUUAUAGAGAAGAAACCUCUUUGUGUUCCUCUUGGUCGUUACACCAUAAUAAAUUGAACCCAGGAUGCCAGCCAGAAGAGUAGCCACAGAACCAGAAGACACCACUGGAAAUACAUCCCAAAGGAAAAAGACCAUCCCCUGAAAAUCAGGUGUAGCACCAACCCAUUCCCUCUACCCCCACCCGAGAUGGUGCUGUUUCUUUCUGUCUCUGAGUCAUUCUCUAUCUAGCUUGCAGGAUUUGAGUUGAGCAAAACACAGACUUCCAUCAGCUGACCAACUAAAGGAAAAGAAGCAGAGAGAGUCAAUUCUGCCACAUACAUCUCACCUCAGAGACUGGAAAAUGUGUAUAAUAAAUAUGACAUAAAAGCUGAAAUAUACAGCUUUGGAAUCGUCCUCUGGGAAAUCGCCACUGGGAAAAGCCCAUUUGAAGGCUGUGAUUCCAAGAAGAUCUACCAGCUGGUGGCUGUGGACCGGCAACAGGAGCCAGUGGAUAAAGAUUGCCCUUCACAGUUGCAGGAGAUCAUUGAUGAUUGCUGUGCAUAUGAGCCCUCCAGGAGGCCCUGUGUUAAAGAAAUCUUAGAGAGACUGUCUACUUUUUGUUAAGCCAAGUAUUGAAACUGAAACUGAGUCCCUGAACAAGGAGCUGGAAGAGCACAAGCUGGGCAUCUUUCUCCCUCAUAUCCUUCAGCAUGGAGUUAUUUGUGGGUGCAGGAAGGCAGCACUUGUCUGUUACAAAUAGAAAACAACUCCAGUAAUACAGAGCCCAUCCCACUCCAAAUGAUAUUGUCAAAAAUACACCUCUGAUGGUAACUCUGAUAGAUGUUUUACAAAAAUAUAUCUCUCUCUGGAUCCACACCUCUUGGCAAUUCUUGAUUUUUUUUAACCUAGAACAUUUUUUAAGUAAAAAAAAAAAAAAAAGGUAAAGAAUAAACAUGAACAAGUUGAACAUUGAAAAUGAGUCUUUUCUAGAGCUUAUCAUCAGGUACUACUAUUUUCAUCUUUUUAAAAUCUUUUGUUCUCUUUGCUGUAGGAGCUACAGUGAACAUGCUCCCUUAUAGAUUAAUUAUACACGCUCUAGCAGACCCACAAGCAGAGGUAGAUUGACUGUGAAACUAAUAAAGCUUAAUCUUCAGGGCCCCUCACUCACACAAGACAUCUUCCAAAGUCUGGUACCUAAUUUUUUCCUCAACAUUUAUAAAUAUAAAUAUUUUCAAAUACACCGAAAAGUCAGUAGAAUUAUACUCUGAACAUCUGUAUAGUCACCACCUAUAUUCUAUACCUAACAAUUCACUAUAUUUUAUCACAUGCGUAUCAGUCCUCCCCUUCCUCUUCCCAUCCAUUGAUCCAUCCUUAUUUUUUAUGCGUUUAGAAGAAAAUUUCAGACAUCAGCACACUUCAUUCCUAAACACUUCAGCAUUUAUAUCAUUAACUGCAGUUCAAUAUUUGUUUACAGGGGUUUUUUUUGGCGGGGGGGAGGUAAACUUUCCAUGUUGUGAGAUGCACAAAUCCUAAAUAUACCAUUUGAUGAGUCUGACAAAUUCAUACACAUGAUUAAUCCAAACCCCAUCAAGAUGAUGAACAGUACCAUCAUGCCAAAAAGUUCUGUUAUGCCCACACAAUCAAUCCUUCUCCUCACUCUUGCCCCACAAUUCUGAUUCCAACAGCAUUUUUGAGGUAUAAUUGUCACACAGUAAACUACACAUAUUUAACAUGUGCAAUUUGAUGUUUUGACAUGUAUGCACCACUACAAUCAAGAUAAUGAAUAUGUCCAUCAACUCCCAAAGCUGCUUCAUGCUCCUUUAUAAUCACUCCCUUCCAUGCCACCCCCUCCCCAUUUCCCUAGGCAACCACUGAUCUGCUUUCUGUCACUAUAGAUUAGUUUGCAUUUUAAAAUUUUAUAUAAAUGAAAUCAUAUGGUGUAUAAUAAGUUUGCCUUCUUUCACUCAGUAUAAUUAUUUUGAGAUUCACCCAUGUAAUUGCAUGUAUCGAUAUUUUAUUCCUGUUUUACUGUUGAAAACUAUUGCAAUGUAUGUGUGUAACCGUUUAUUUAUCCAUUGGCCUGUUGAUGAACAUUUGAGUUGUUUGUAAUUUUUGGCUAUUACAAAUAAGGCUGCUAUGGAUUUUCAUGUACAAGUCUGUUUGAAUAUAUGAUUUUAUUUCUCUUGGGUAAAUACCUAGAAGUGAACAGCUAGAUCAUAUGGUAGAUGUACGUUUAACUUUUUAAGAAACUGUCAAACUGUUUUCCAGAGUGGUUGUGCUAUUUUCCAUUCCACUAGUAGUAUAUAGAGAGUCCCUCUAUAUCCUUGCCAACAUUUGGUAUGAUCAGCCUUUUUAAUUUUGGUGAUCCCGAUAGGUAUAUAACGAUUGGUAUGUCAUUGAGCCUGUAGUUUGCAUUUCCCUAAUGACUAAUGAUGUUGAUCAUCCUUUCAUUUAAUUUGCCAUCUAUAUAUAUUCUUUGGUGAAGUGUCUGUUCAAAUCUUUUGCCCAUAGUUGUGUUGUUGUUUUGUUUUACUAAUUAUUGAGUUUUGAGGGUUCUCUAUAUACUGUAUUCUGGAUACAAGCCUUUUAUCAGAUAAAUGAUUUGCAAAUAUUUUCUUCUUUUUUUUGGCGGGGGGGUGGGGCACACCGCAAGGCAUGCGGGAUCUUAGCUCCCCGACCAGGGGUCGAACCCGUGCCCCCUGCAGUGGAAGCACGGAGUCUUAACCACUGGACCGCCAGGGAAGUCCUGCAAAUAUUUUCUACCAGGAUUCAGUUCACCUUAACAGCGUCUUUUGAAGAGCAUACAUUUUUAAUUUUGAAGUCCAACUUGUCAGUUUUUGUUUUUAUGAAUCAUGCUUUUGGGGGUGAUUUAAUAAAUCUUUGCCUAACCCAAGGUCAUGAAG